AUGGCGAAUAAACGAAGCAAACGAGGAGCUGUAGCGAAGGACCUGACUCCAGAGAACCCCGACGAGGAAACAGGCCGGCGGUCCUCUCGGAGAGCUAUGACCCCCAAACGCCUCCUGUACUCCCCGGGAACAGCAGCCGAGACAGCCGAGAAGAAACCGAGCAAGAGACCAAAAUAUAAGGAAGAGAGUGAGAACGACAGUGAUGUGGAGCAUAGAUCUCAGGAUGCAUACGACGGACUUUCUGCUUAUGAGCUGGAGCGCCUGGAGAACAUCAGACAGAACCGAGAAUUUCUGUCGUCUAUAAACCUGUUUAAGGCAACGGAGGACCUAAAGCAGCUGACUCGAGCAAAGCCGUCACAAAGGGGCCUGAGGUCGCAGGCUGCUGUAAAGGAACUGUUGCCAGCCCGCAAAUCCCUGCGCCUUCAAAAUAAAGAGGCAGAAGUUUUGACACUUCCCCCUGAACCCACGGGUGCACUCGUCUAUGAAAAGCAGGAACACGUAAAGAAGCCUUCAGGCCCUCUGCCCAUGGAGCCACUCAACAUGGAGGAGGGUUUCAGGCUGCCCUCACAACUUCUUGAGCUCUGCUCAGAGGACGUGAAAGAAAGAAAGAUGGAGCUGAACUUGAAAGAGUAUGCCUCUGCACUGAAGGACAUGCGGAUAACGGAGGAUAAGGUGGUCAAAGUGGUGAAGGAUCGGAUCUUCUCGGCUGCGUUCCACCCCUGCAGCAGCAGCUUGCUGGUGGCUGCGGGAGACAAGUGGGGAAAAGUGGGACUCUGGAAUUUGGGUGCAGACUGGGGUGAUGACGGCGUACUGCUCUUUGAACCUCACACCCGUCCAGUGAGCUGCAUGGCCUUCUCCAGGGCUCAGCCCACCCAGCUGCUGACCCUCAGCUAUGACGGAUCUCUGCGCUGUAUGGAUGUCGAGAAGGCCGUCUUUGAUGACGUUUACGACAUUGACGAUGGCCUGAAAACCUUCAGCUUCAUGUCACAUGACUGCUCAACACUUUUAGUGGGGAACUGGUUCGGGGAUGUUUCCAUCGUUGAUCGGCGGACCCCAGGAAACUCGCACGAGUCCCUCUACUCAGUGGACCCAAAGACUUUGCGCUGCGUCAGCGUCCACCCGCUCCAGAUGCAGUACUUUGCAGUGGCAGAGAGCAGGGUUGUCAGCAUUUAUGACAGCCGGUGCCUGAAGAAGACAAAAAGCCCAGCAGUCUCUCAGCUGUCCGGCCACUCCUUAAGCAUAACCAGCGCUUAUUUUUCCCCGUGUACUGGGAACAGGGUUCUCACCUCCUGCAUGGAUAACCACAUCAGGAUAUAUGACACCUCUGCAAUGACCAGUAACUCUCCCUUGCUGACAUCCAUUGGGCAUGACAUGCGAACAGGCCGCUGGCUCUCUAAGUUAUCUGCAGUGUGGGACCCCAAACAAGAAGACUGCUUUGUUGUUGGGAGCAUGAUGAGACCUCGAAGGGUGCAGGUGUUUCACGAAAGAGGUCAGCAGCUGCACACCUUUAAGGAUGAUGAGAACCUCAGCACUGUGCUGUCCGUCACUGCUUUUCACCCCACAAGGAAUGCCCUGUUGGGGGGCAAUGCCUCUGGGCGCCUUCAUGUGUUCUCCAGCUAA